GCCGGGAAGGGCGGGAAGGAACGGCGAAGGCGACCAUGGCGCUGCUCUUCUCCGCCCUCCGCGUGCUGCUGGGCCUUUUCUUCGCCGUCUGCGGGGCCGUCAAGCUCACCGACCGGAUUGCGGGCGACGCCCACCGGCAGCUGAAAACCCAGUUUGUACAGUUUGCAGAUGUCUUCCCUUUGAAGGAAUUUGGCUACAAGCUGGAACCAGGGCUGUACAUGGAAGCAGUGGGCUGGAUCGAACUAACAGCAGGUUGCCUUUUAGCCUUCGGACCUCAACUGCUGCAAGAAAUCAGCAAUUUUGUGCUCACCGUUAUCAUGAUAGGUGCCAUCUACACCCUCUUGGUUUUGAAAGUGCCUUUUGCCUUGUGCUUACCACCCACUGUCUCCUUGGGCCUCUUGCUCCUUCUCAACAUCCGGGGAAGAGGGAAGUGUGUGAGGUUGAAGUCUGAGUGAGGCAAGGAGAAGGAGAUCUGGAGAGAUGGGAAGGAUCCAAAAUGCAGCUUUGGAGGACAGUUACCUUGUGUUCCCCUUUCCCAUUCCCCUACUAACCCAGAUAAUGUGUAAUCCAGAAGAGGGGUUGCAUCCUCGAGGUCUGGCAACUUGGUAGUGACCCAUCUUGGGUCCUAAAUUGGCUGCCCCAUUUGCUAGCUUUCUACCCCUCUUUAGACCUGACUGGAGAUCUUGUCUUCUCUGCAAAACCAGUUGCUCUCUCUUCAAUCAGUGGAUCCUUCUUGUGUUAAGGCAAGGAGACAACAUGGGUCAGAUGAAAAUAGAAAGUUUCAUGUGGCCCAGAAUGAGGGUUGUAUGGUUUUAUGGUUGGGCUGGGCACCAAAGAAUAUUACUGAGGAUAAAAGAAUCCCAGGAAUUCUGCAGAAUGGUAAUCUAAGGGCUCAGAUAGGUCUUGCAUCAGUUACAUAAUAUGCUGCUUGAUUUCUGGAUUUUAUUUACCCUGCCGUCAACAUAUGUUGGUCUGACCUAGAUUGGGACUUAUUUUUGUGGGUAGGGGAAGCCUACUUUAUUCACUAUCCCUCACCCCUUUCCAUUUACCCACUUUUUUAAAAAAUGCCAUUGGCACUAACAGAAGGUGCUUUUUACCUUCCCAGUUCUGUUGGUAGGGCAUGAAUUUGGCGAAAUAAAGGUAGAGAGGAUGAAUAGAUUUCUUCAGUGUAAAUGCCACGAUCUUGAGCCAUUGCCAUGUCUAAUAAACAGCCUGGGAGUGAAACAGGAUAGUUGAGUUACGAAAUCAAUGGAUUCUGUGCAAUCCAAUACGAUAAUUUGCAAAAUUCAGCAGAUUCAAAUUUUAUGUCCAUAUUAGAGGACUGAAGGAUUGUUGGGGGCUUUUGACUUGCUUUAAAAGAAAAAAAUCCUUGUUAAAACAAGUGGAGUGGUGCAGUGCUUUGGAUUCAAAGGUGAAAAGAUGCUCCAGAGUGUGCAGGCACUCACAGAGUCCUUGUCUGCAACUUCUUAAAGCAGAUGUGUCUUCACAUGGAUUCAGAUGGGAUCUCAUAGGUUUUAAUGGUGUGAUGUGAUCAUGGCCAAUGGUUUUCCCAAAAGAAACUUAAGUUUUUUAAAGGAGUGUUUUGGGUGUGUGUAUGUGGGGCACUUGCCUGUGAGCCCCUUAUUGCUGACACUCUGCUUUAAGGAAAGUUGAGUCAGGACACCUUUGCUCCCCUCAUGUGCUUUGACACUCAUGAAGAACUUGGUGGGACUUCAUCUUGAGAGAGAAAGCUCCGUCUUGCUAGAAAAGAGAUAUGAUAAAAAAGGGAGUGUUUUAUUUUUAUGCAACUCAGGAAUGGCUAACUAGUCAAGACUGACAUUUAUUCACUUGACUUAAUUUGGACUUCUGCAACUAGUAUAUACAAACCUGAAGACAACUUAGCUUUGGGUUUUGCACAUCUUCAGAUUUUGCAAUGCUAGUCCCCAACCAAAGGAUGCAUACAAAAAUAUGCCUGGCAGGGAGAAUUGCAUAGAAAAUGAGAAUGAUAGGAACACUGCGGGCCAAAUAUGUACCUUGUGGGAAAUUGCAUAGAAAAGGCAUGCAUUAGGGGAAAAUACUUGGAAAACAUUAAUCUGUUAGGAAGAACUGAGCAGAACAAUGUACAUCAAUUUCUGUGCCUAUGAAAAUGAUUCAAUUAUUUUGUGCACACUUCUU